AUGAUGCAACUUGAAAAUUAGAGAAACUAGCAAUUAGAAUACAUAGAUCAUCAUCAUAACCUUAAUCAUAGCGUUCAACAUUAAACUGUUCCAAUUUAUGAUGAUUUAGAUUAAUAGUAGUAUAGUAUUUUUGAAGAAAUUCCAAAGUAUAAUCCCUCUUAAAUUAGAGAACCAAAUUUAAGGAAUAUAUUAGAUACAUAAACAAUAAAAGUACAAAAGCGUGAUUUAGGAGAACUAGAACGUAAGAAACGAAAACUAAUAAUGGAAUUCCAAAACAUUAAAAAGAGAAACGACUACUACAACAAACUAGAUGCUUAGAAAUAGCCCAUCAUUGAGGCUCAGAAUCAACAAAUGCUUUAAUAGCAUUAGUAAAUGAUUCAAUAGAAUGAGUAAUAGAGACUUCAUGAAUAGACAAUCCAAGAUUAAAUGCAGUAGUAGCAGUAAUUGAUAUUGCAGUUAAUUAACCAGAUGUAAGGCAAGAAAGAGGAAAAUAUCAAACAGAAAAAUGAGAAGCUGUUAAACAAGAUUAAAAAAGAAGAACUGAAAGCUAAAAAACUUAAGAGAAGAAUCAACAAAGGUAUUCUGAUGCAACUCUCAGGCUAAGCAGGAGCUAUGGACUAGAUGAAUGGCUUAGAUUUGCUAUCAGAUAGUGAAGAUGAUCUUGAAGAUCUGGAUCAUGAUGAAGAUAUGAGCGUAAUUUUAUGA